CAGGAGCAAAGUCAGGAAAUGAGGCACAAAACUUCUCUGGGAAUGAGGAAAAGAAAACGACUUUACAGAAACAUCCUGGAAAAGUCAAAUGUUUUCUCCCUUGACUGAGAAGUGUCAGAAUUGAUGGAUAACAAGUAUGUAGAGAUGCAGUGUUUUAAGGAGGGAUGAGGAAACAGCUAUAUGUGGAAGUCACACUCUCAGUAUAUUUGUGACUUUUUAGAAUUAGAAGCUAAUGAGCGUGGAUGCUUUGGGGAGCCCAGUGAUGGACCCUGCUGCACUCUCCAAACGGAACACGGCGCUGAGAUUAGUAGACUUGGCAGGGGCUCCUCACCACCAUCAUCAUCUCCACCCCCCUCAGAGCAUGACAGGCUUCCCGGGCUUCGCCGGGCAUCCCCACUCAGUGGCUCCCACGCACCCUGGGGAGUACGCCGCGGAAUGCCGCCUAGGGCCGAGUCCAUUCCGGCCUGAACACAUGGGGCACCACCACCAUCAUCAUCAUCAUCCUCAUCACCCUGCGGCCCUUAAACUCAGCCCUGCCCCUCAUCCUCACCACCAGUACCACCACCAUCAUCAUCAUCAUAUGGCAGGCCAAGCUGAGGUGGUCUCGAGUCACACAGGGACGUUUGGCCCGGCGCAGUCAACAGCACUCCCUUACCCAGUGUCUCGCACAGUCCAGGCUAUUUCAGCAGGUAGGGACUUCUUAAUACGCAGAGAUCUGACAGCUCCAGUCAUGCCAGGGCUAACUGAGCAACACACUGCUCCAAGUUCUCACCACGGAAUGUUUGUCUCAACAACAGGUAGCUACCCCGGACACCAUGGUCACCACCACUCAGAAGCUGGGAAUCAUUCGCUAUUCUCUGGACUCCAUGAACAGCUUCCCCAUGCAACUCCAGGUGGCCAUCUAAACGGACAGAUAAGACUGGGGUUACCUGGAGAAAUGUACGCCAGGUCUGAACAUUUCACUCAAGUACCAGCCUCCAGGACCGAUCCUUUUGCUGCUUCUUCGCUUCAUAGCUACGGUGGCAUGAAUCUGAACGUGAAUCUGGCUCCACACCACGGCCCUGGUGCCUUCUUUCGUUACAUGAGGCAGCCCAUCAAACAGGAACUCAUCUGUAAAUGGAUUGAGUUGGACCAGACUCCCAAAAAAUUAUGCUCGAAAACUUUCACUACAAUGCACGAGCUGGUGACUCAUGUCACCGUGGAGCACGUUGGAGGACCCGAGCAGUCCAAUCACAUAUGUUACUGGGAAGAGUGUCCAAGAGAGGGGAAACCUUUCAAGGCCAAAUACAAACUUGUAAAUCACAUCAGAGUCCACACAGGUGAAAAACCCUUCCCCUGCCCUUUUCCUGGCUGUGGGAAAGUGUUUGCUAGAUCAGAAAAUCUCAAAAUACACAAAAGAACUCACACAGGAGAAAAACCAUUCAAAUGUGAAUUCGAAGGCUGUGACAGACGAUUUGCCAACAGCAGUGACAGGAAGAAGCACUCUCACGUGCACACCAGCGACAAACCUUACAACUGCAAAGUGAGAGGCUGCGACAAGUCCUACACCCACCCCAGUUCCUUGAGGAAACACAUGAAAGUGCACUGCAAAUCCCCUCCUCCGAGUUCAGGCUACGAGUCCUCCACACCUUCCCUGGUGUCUCCCUCCUCGGACUCCGGCCGGGACCCUCCUGCUUCCUGUUCCCACGCAGAGCCAGUAGCAUCGUCUCAAACUGCAGCUAACCUGAGCGAAUGAUGUCUACCCCGUUGCUCUCAAGGUAAUCUAGACAGACGCAGCUGAAAGCCUGAAUCUUAUGCCUUAGACAUCAAAGAAAGCUCGCACAAAGAAGUAUUUCUUCGCAAGGGUGAAUCUUCAUGGUAAGUUAGGAUUUCUAUGGCAAUAGGCAAGUCAUACUUAAAUAGUGAAAGGCAAAGUCUGGAACCCGUCCAGACCUUUCAUUAAGGACAUAAUAUUUACGUCUAACAGGCCCUUUUUCUUGUGUAUACAAGUAUAUAUUUUUGUUUGACGCGAACUAAAUCAUUUUCAUUUAAUUUCCGGUAAACAAAACCCACGCGAAUGGGCACUUGUUCCAGAUCAUAAUAAAAAUGGAUACGAAUGUCAGGAAGAAAAGGGCCGCUUAAACCAGCGCGUCAGCUCACUUUUGUUUCUGCUUUUUGCCUUGGUCAGAGAAUGCGUUUGGGAUUUGACGGCGAGUUUCUAAAGGCAAGGAAAUGGUUUUUAAGGGGGAAAAGAAAAGGAGAAAGGUCUAAUCAAGCUCGGGUUGUUCAAAGGGUCUGAUUUUGGGGUUGAAAGUGUGAGUUUUAUGGUGCAUCAACAUGCCACGUUAGGAUCGCUAUGGUAAUGAGGAGAGCAAUAGCAAGCGGCCUUCAAAGGAGGCACACUCCAUUUGAGACAGUCUAUUAAGAUACAUUUGCACUGACCUUUGGUUUCAUGCUAGCUUACUACAGUCACUCUGCUCUUCGUCAGAAAUAUACUUCCUCCGCCUAGUACACUUUAACAGACUUUUUUAAAUUUUGGUUUGCUUGCACCCUAAGGUGAGGUUUGGUAGGGCUUUUUUUACACCGAAGUGAUUAUUCACUGCAAAAUAUUACCAGAAGGAGGGAUUGCCAAUAAAGGACAUGGACCUGUUCUGGGCUAGUGAGAAUUCUAUUGAAAACAGAAGCAUUUCUAACCAGCUGACAUAUUUUUGUCCGUAUCCAAACGAUCAAACAUUUCCAUUCAAAAAUUUCUGUAGUGAAAAAAAUAUUAUUCCACUCCCACCCCCGCGACAGCGAAAUUAGGAAGGGGAAUUAAAGGAACACUUGAGCUUUCUUACUCUCAAGCAGUAAGUGUAUCUAGGAAGGUGAAUAAGAACCGGAAUCAUCUUAACGUUCCAUUAAAACGAACAGGGGGGCAGGCCUGCCUAGAAGCUGUUGUGGGGAAAGUCCCAGCCCAGGGGGACACUGAUAGUGGCAGGUUUGGAAAGUGGUAAGCGCCUGAAGGGAUGAAGAACUUGACACCCGCAUGGCUGAGGCCAUGGCCGAUGGGUUAUGGUCCCGGGAAAGUUAGAAGUCCCGUUCCAGUAAUUGUCUUGUUGUUUAUUUUAUCCAAGUACCCUAGUGAAUAGGGGAAAAAUAAACACGACGAAAAAAAUUCAAACAGUUGAGUCGUCUUUAGUGCCAACCCUUGUGGCUGAAUAAAAAGGAUGGUCCAAUUUCUAUUGAGCUGAGAAAUCUUUGAAGUGGGAGUUAUUAUCUGAGAAAUUCCUGCUUGUCGUCCUAACAACGCUGAUGAAACGUAAAAGGUUCUUUGUCAGCGAUUUGUUCUCCUUUCUGUCAAACUCAGCCUGCCCCUUAGCUUUAAACCGUUUCUAAAGAGAUAAAAUCAAACUUUUACAGACAACUCUAGGGACCGGGAGGGUACAGAAAAUGGCAAACUAUAUAAUCAUAUGUAUAUGCAGACAUAGGUAUGUGUAUGUGUAUCUGUGUAUCUCUAUCAGUGUAUAGAUGUAUAGAUAUAUAGGUGUAUGUAUGUCCUGACUGUUCUAUAGUUCUCAGUUUUAAAUGGUGUCCAUCUCUGCAUUUUAUCUCCUGAACUUUUCUGUCCUAUAAAUUAUCCCCCAACAUGCAAUUCUUGUGAAAAGGCAGAAAUGCAGUGGUUCAUUAACACUGGUAUGUAACCAGCAAGCGGGGUUUUCCCUCAGUACAAUGAAUGCAACAGCAUACCCUUAAGAGUAAACGUUUUGAAAUGUUAACGUUCGGGAUGUCUAUUAAGCAUGUAUAUACUGCAAUGUACCGAAAUUGUUACGCAUUAGAACCGACGACUUCCAUAUGUUUUCAUGUUUUAUUGUCAGUAAGUGUAAAGAUAGUCAAACUGCAUCUCUUUGUAUCUUCAUUUUAUAAGCAUUACAAUGUGCGAUUUUAUAACGACCUUAUCAAGGUUUCUUUAGGCGUUUUAAUUUGGGAUCAUUAUUUUUUUUUGUAAAUAGAAUCUCUUGAAGUUGUAACUCAUCAGUGUACUUUUAUGCUAGCUGCUACAGAAUGCUGUGAGCCCAAUCCUUUAAUUCUAACAAUUCCCACUGAUAUCAAUGGGAGUUUGCCUGAGUAAAGACUGAGUAAAAGUGCAGUGAAGUGGGUCCUUUUUAUUAAAGAAUAUCCUCUCUUUUUUAUGUUUAAGGGAAGAUAUAAUGAUCACAAAUGUAUCGUAAAAUGUAACUCGUAAAAAUAAUUAAAAUGUUGGAAUAUUACAUAUCUUUCCAGACUCUUCAUCAUCUAUGUUUCCUGUAGGAAAGAACUAUUUUUGUUUUAUGUGUUGGAAAAUAUUAUUUUAAAUAUUUUAAGUAAUUGGAUUAUUUUCUAUUAAAUGUUUAUAAAAGUACUAAUUCUGUGACUUUUUUUUACAAAUAUGCACUUAAAACGUUGUUUAUAUCAGUUAUACUGUGCCAUUAUGAAAGACACUAUGUAUACAUCAUUUUUCUAAAAUAAAUUUGGAUUAAAUGGUAAUUGCAUGUAUCCUACAAAACUAGUACAUAAUCUCUCAAAACUAGUACAUAAUCUCUUUCAGUAACGUAUAGUGUCUGUUGGUUUGUAAUAUAACUUCCUCCUAAUUAUUUUAUAUUUAUUAGAAAAUCAUUUGUUUUUAUAGAAACUUUUUACUAGACUCUUGAAAUAGAGUCUUUACACCUGAAACUUCAAGACUAGCAUAAUAAAUUGUAAUUUAAAUAUUGGCAUAGGAUCAGAGAUAAAGAAAUCAAAAGCUUGUGUCAUUGAGUUCCUUAUAAUUAAACUCAUAUUUUUUCUUUAUAUCUGCUGAUUAUCACUACAACUGCACCUAGACUUCUUCAAAAUAAAUUCUUAAUUUUGGAUUUCACUAAUAUGCUUGAAAUUAAGGAUUCUUUCACAAAAAUGCUGUUUCUAACUAUUGAUGGUGAAUACACUCUUAUAUUUAGAGAAAUCGCUGUACAACAUGGAGUCAUUGCUACACUUGCACUUACUUAUAAGCUUCCUUAAGAAUAUGGGGAUCACUUUUUACUGCGUUGAAAUUAGUUCAUCAUUUAAAAUGACUUAAAGGUAAUUUGUUUUGCUAUGCAUAACCCAUAAACUGAAUAUAGUGCGUUGAAGAGGUUAGUACCAGUUGAGUAUGCUCUGAGCUUUUUAGGUUGUCAUUUAAAACUCUUAUUCUACCAGUUAUGAAUGAUGUUAUCACUCCUCCGAAUAGCUGUCUGCAUGCUGUUUGAGUAGUACGCAUGCGCAUUGACUUAUCUUUUAAACUUUAAAGAAGUUGCUUAACACAGCGAUGACAUACAGUUGGCUUAUAGUUGGCUUUUUGUAGCAGGAGUGUUGCCAAUAAAGAAAAACUUUGAAUAUGAAGAAAGAAAGAAAGAAAGAAAGAAAGAAAGAAAGAAAGAAAGAAAGAAAGAAAGAAAGAAAGAUUAUUUUAAAAGAUGACAAAAUUGGCGCAUAAAGAAAAAGGGGGCUAACAGUACAUGCUAAUUAAAGUAUACAAUUCUAUGGGCUAUAAUGAUUGAGCGAAGACAUGUAGUUAUUACACUUGACUGUAGUCAACAAGGGAUGGAAUGUCCCCUUAGACAACAUGGUGAGAGACGUGUGGGCAUUAUUAGUGGUCCUUUUAUAGACAUUGCCUUUUCUUUCUCAGUGCUGACAAACCAUUUUGGAGGGAUUCAUCCCCUGUUGCUUCCUAUCAUCGAUCCCCAUGCAAGCUCCUGCAUUGUGCAAGUGCAUUAAUUAAAGACCAUUCAUUUAACAAAAGAACGUUUGUAUGUUAAGGAAAUGAAGAUUAGAAAUAUGAAUCAGUAAACUAAAUAAACUAAGACCACAGUUACCACACAUAUAUCACUUAUAUAUCUCAUGAAGGAACGCGAACGCUGGGUCCUGUGUACAGUUAAAUACACUCCGCUUAAUCCUGGAGCUGUCCAUAAAUAUUGUUCCGGUGAUCUUUUUGUCUCUUUGGAACAUCGCACUUAAAUGUAUUACACUUAAAAAGAUGGUUUUCACGUGUGUUUAAAAAUGUCAACUUUAUUCAUCAAAUUACUGAGCACUCAGCUCAUCCACAGGUAGCCAGUAAACCAUUUAAGUGAAGUCUUUCUGCUUGCUUCUUACAUAUCUGUCGUUUUGAAUACUGCUAGACAUGACAGAUAUGUCAGUACUUUUGCCCCCGUUACAGUGCCAUCCUUGGACAGUACAUGCAUUUUGUAAAGCGAUUGCAUGAUUGUCGUCUACAUUAUAUUGAAGUUAAGUAGGUGUCUGAAACAGAUCAAAUCUAUAAACAUUCUCCACAAGUUAUUCUUUUAACGGGUGUCAGUGCCGCAAAUGCCACGUAUACCGCAUGGCCGGAAGCCCACUUUCAAUCGGAUCCAAUCCCAUUAUAUUUUGCAAUCAGAACAAAAAAUCAAUACGGUUUGUCAAAACGGGUGACGGGCUGCGAAGCUGAUCACGACACAACUCUGAACCGUUGCGAGAAGAACAUACAAGAAAAAUGAAAAGAAAUCGAUUUUAUUAUGCCGACGUGAGUCGGGUUCAUCCACAUGACUUGUGAAGAGGCACCAGCUUUAACUUCUGGGUCAUAUUGUUAAUUUGCACGUUAUAUCUCUUUUAGGAUGUUGUAUGGUGACUAGUAUAUUUGGGGCAUAAAUGAAAGUGCUUUAAAAGAAAUGAACAAAAAGAAAGACUCUAUGUAUCUAAAGUCCAAACAUAUGUAAAGACCCAACAAAAGCACAUUGUUCCUAUGAUUAUAAUGGGGCCUGUUAACCAAUUAAAGCUUUUAGUCAAAAGUCUCAGCCUCUAUAGUUGAAUGAAAGAUUAGUAGUUUUUCUUAUGGACGAUUUAAAAGCUUUGCGGAUAAACUGGAAGGACAAUAUUAACAGUAAUAACAACACGUUUACUAGAUGUAAAAACAACGUCACCGAAGGAGUGUAUUCAUUAUGGCAACAGUUUAUGGAAACACUUUUUGAUGCAUGACUGAAUUGUUUCAACCUUUUAGAUGCAUAGAGCUAAAUUUGUGUCAGAAGUGGUCUCGCACGCCUUAUUUGUAUUAUCCAGCAAUAUUUCUCUACUGUAAAUUUGGAGUAAGCUCCUGUAAAGGUACAUAUAAGCGUCAGAUAGGGUUUACUUUAAUUGGGAUAAUCUCCAUUUUUUGUAUUAAAACAUUUAGAGUAUAUUUCCUCUGUUUAUGAGGCAACAUUUUUAGUAAAAAGAAUUCCCAUUUCAGAUUAUUUUAUGCACAUAUUAUCAAGAUUAUAUCAUUAGUCAUAUUGCUUGGGACGGUACAUUGGCCCCAAAAGUUAUAAUUAAGUAAUAUAGGCUUAGUAAACCUCCAGAAACUCGAUCAGUCUAGUAACAUACAAAGACUGAAUCUCUCAUAUGUGCUUUUAUUAGGCGAACAUUUGUUUCUAAAGUAAGCCAUAUAAGGAUUUAGCACAAUCUCUAAACAGCAAUAUUAGUAUAUGUAGUAAUUAAUGUUUAGCAACAUUCUGAUUAUAUUCCAAAAUCCUGCUGCCGCUUGACUGUCUUUCUAGAAGACCAAGCAUCUCAGGUAACAGUCCUUUAAAAAUGAUAAAUCUAGGUCAGAUUUUAUAUACCUGGCAGCUCUUACAGGUUAAAACCAAAGUUUAUAAAAGUCAAAAUAUUCUUAAACUUUUGAUGAAUUGGGCAUAGUUUCUGUUUUUGUUUUAACUAUGUUUCUGUGGUUCCAUAAAGGCAUUGGAGAAAAAAUUAAAACUACAAUAUUAAAACAUCUGGCUUCUUAACAUAUGGCUUUGUUGGUUUUUAUAACUAAUGUUUUUUCUUAACCUUUAAAAAUAGAUGUCCUACUCGAAUUGUGAUAUAACAUAUAAUUGUGGGGGAAAAGGGAAGGCUUGAGUACUAAAGUGUUAAAUAAAACAGUUGAAGCUGAAGUUUCACAAAGGAAUUUUUUGUUCUCUACAUCUGAGGAUAUUUCAGUCCUUUUCAAAUGGUUGUUAAAAUUGAGGUUCUCUCGCAAAAAUUGCUGGAAAAAAAAUUAGGUGAGACAAGAAUUAGGAGUCAGGGUUUUUUUAUUGUCCAAAAAACAGGACAACUUAAAAAAAACUGUUGUAGAAAUACAGAGACUCCUUUAAGUGUGAAAUAUCAUUUCAUUGUAAAUAGUCAAAAAAGAGUCGGUAAUCCAACUUCCGGAAACUGUUCUGAAUUAUUUCAGCAGACUCUUUUAAAAGGGGAUUAGCAAGGCUUUAAGGGCAAAAUCCUUCUGUUUUAUUCAAUCUCUGAUUUUAUGUUAUAAUUACUAGAUGUAAAGACUCUUGAAUUAGUAUGCAGGAGUCGUCCAGACAUUAUGCAGGUGCUAUUCUAAUCAUUCAGCUUUUUAAUUAAGGAACGAGGUAAGAAAACAGAAUCAUAAAAACACUUUUGUGAGAGCUGAGAAAAUUGUGAGCGACUGCAUGAAUAAAGCCUUUAUACCUUAUCCUGACAGGUCAGACACCAAUUGCCUGACUUACGACCUUUUCUUGAUGAAACAAUGGUUAACAGCUUUCUCACCUUGUUCCCAUUAUAGCCUUUAUUCUUAUAGAGAAUUUAUGGAAAUACCCAUAAAAUGCUUAUAUUAAAAGGAGGGCGGAGAAGGUAUUGCAAUUAUAAUUGAUACGCAUCCUAUUAAGAUACUUUAUCUGUGAUAGUUCUGAAAUGGGUGCUCAGCAUAUUUUUAUAUCAAAGGGUCACACUCAUUCAUGCAACUUUUGGUAGAUCAUAAGAUUUUAAUGUUUAAAGCUAAUAUAUACACGAAGAAAAACUUUAUGGAAUAACAGUCCAGCAAGAAUAACCGACUGCUACACAAGAGGAAAAUCCAAACGUCUCCUCUGCUCAGUCCACAAAUAUGUAUAAGAACAUUUGAAUAUCACAAUAAAAACUUAGACUUUUGUGGUUUUCCGGGGUUUUUGUAAAUGUCUUUUCUCUCUCUCUCUGUCUCCCCCCGCCCCAGAACAGAGUUUGCUGCAUCACGUGUAUUAACAUAUGAAUGAAACAAACAGAACCAGUGCACUUAAGGUAGUACCUAUGCACUGUUCUUGCCUGAUUAUCUUUUAAUGGAAAGUUGCAUGAACUAAUGACAUUUGCA